UUAACUGGGAAGCAUGUUGUACGUCUUGCUGCAUGCAGUAUUACUUUUAUGCUUUUAUACUUUUAUACGACUAAUUUCGAGCAUUCGAGUUUAGGCCAAUUAUUUCCAUCUUCUACAACUGCCUUUGAAUGCAAAAUGAAGGAAAUGAAUCAAUGUUCGCAGAUUAUUUUAUUAUUGUACACGUUAUUUUUUUGGGUUAGUGGCUUUACGUUAAUUUUUAUGGCAAUAUGGCUACUACUUGAUCCGCGACGAAAUUACGUCCUGGAUUUAGUUGAUUUUUCAGAGGACGAUCCAUUACUUAAAGUUACUACAUAUGUUGCGCUUUUUACCGGUAUUGUAUCACUUUUAAUUGGUUUUGUGGGUUGUUGUGGAGCAGUUAAAAGAUCUUUGUAUUUAAUGAUAUCGGUGCGUUUUUUUUUGUUUUGUUUCGUAAUAUUUAAUGGAUGGAAAUACGAAAAAAAUCUUUCCCUGCUCAUUCCAUGUCUCCCUGGAUUAUGGCCAUGUCAUCUUUCAGGAGAGACAAAGACAUUGUUAACAAUUGAAAUUUCGCGUAGAACCUAUCUUAUCAAAGAACUUAUCAUGUUUGAAGGUGAUUACUUACAAAUAUAUCUCACAAAUCUGACACAUGAUCGUUAUAAUCGAGAUUACUGGGUAACACCGUUGCUCGACACAAUUCAGUAUUAUAUUUCAUCAACCAGCUUGGAUAUAAUUUUGCGAAAAAUGAUUCAAGAAGACUAUGGUAUACGUCUACAUGACAGAUAUCAUGCGCGCAUCACUUCAUUUAUAGAUAAAUUACAAUUUUAUGAACAAUGUUGUGGUGCCAAAAAUUUCACAGACUGGAAUAGAAGCAGAUGGUUAACAUCAAUAAAAAUCUCGUCUAGUAUGCAAGAAAAGGAUAUUCCUUACUCAUUCACACUUAAUGCAGUUCCAACAACAUGUUGCGUUCAGUUAAACGAUGCCACAGCUUUGAAUCCAGUUGCGAGAAGUUUGGCUCGAUGUCAACAGCAAAAUGCUAAUAGAACUUGGAGAUAUGUCUCGCAGCAAUGUUGUGGUGGCUUUGGAGGUCCUCAUGAUUAUUAUGAUUCAUUCUGGUAUAAAACGAACACCUUAAGAGGUACUCGAUCAUUCGUACCGAAAUCAUGUUGCAAGCAGAGUCAGUAUGCUCGCGCAUGGAAUAUAAAACCAGUGGACGCGAUGUGUACAACGUAUAUGUACUAUUCACAUGCCUUCAAUAGCUCAGUAAAUAUAGAGGCAAUUUUCAAUUUUUUAAAAAUUUGCCAAGUUUUUUUAACUUAUUGCUUUUUUUGA